GGGCACGACCCUGUGUCCCCUGCAUCGGCAGGCAGACUCUCAACCACUGCGCCACCAGGGAAGCCCUGAGCUUCCAUUCUUAUCCACAAAAUGAAAGUGAUGAUAAUGUCUAUCUCGAAGGGUGUUUUGAGGACAAAGCAGGAUAAUGCACGCGAAGGGCCGAGCAAGGCCUGGCCCACCUGGGGCCCUGACCCUGUCCUGCCCCCGACGGCCCUCGGCGUUCUAUCAAGCUGGGGCUGCCGAGUGCUCUGCUACAUGGCAAUGUCCCCUAUGCGGGACUUCUCAGAAACAAAGGCUUACCCUGGAGUUGUUCACUUUUUUUGCACCAAGCUGCAUAUGUGGCAUCUUAGUUCCCCGACUAGGGCUAGAACCCGUGCCCCCUGCCGUGGAAGCACAGUCUCUUAACCCCUGGACCACGAGGGAAGUCCACAAGUUGUUCGCUUUUUAAUCCUUACUUUUAUGUUGUGUGGAUUUUACCUUAAAAAAAAUUAUUAAUUUAAAGAACCAAAACAGCAGCAAAACAUUUCCGAAUCAUUUGAACACUGCCUUGAAUAUUUGGCUUACUUUAAUUGAAAACAGCUCUUAAUCAGAAGAUAGCCAAUAAUGCCUGCGUUUUUUAAAGUUAAAUGUUUCUAGUAAAGUUCUGUAGAAACAGGAAAAGAAAGUAGGGACCAUCUUGAUUAUGGUUCCCAGCCCAGAGCCCAGGUCUUUAGGUGGUUUUAUUAGGUAAAUGCCCAGAGGCUGCUGGCCUCCAGGCACUCUGAAGCAUCCAGCUCAUCACCACAAGGGCCUUUACUCCAGGGGGAGGAGGAGGAGAAUAUAUCUCUUAAUCCCUCACCUAUGAAGCUGGUGGAAUUAUCCCCAUUUUAUAGAUGAGGAGACUGAGGUAAAUUAAGAUUAAAAGGUGCAGUAGUCCUGACAUGCACCCUUGAGCCUGCCCUCCCUUCCUUAUAGGCUGUGAGCACCAAGGGAGCUGCCCUGCUUGACGUGGAGCCAUCCGUCCAUCUUUCCUUCUGUCUGCAUCCAUCCACCUCUCCGCAGAGCUGAGGCUUCACCCCAGAGCAUCUGUGCAGAGUGAGGAAAGGACUAGAACAUGCUCUAAAGUCCUCUGCAACAAGACCCAGGAAGGUGUGAGCUCAACACAAACCCUGAAGCUGCCCCACCCCCCCGCCCACCAUGGCCUCCGCUGACAAGAAUGGCGAGAGCAUCUCCUCAGUGUCCAGGAGCCGCCUGCAGAGCCGGAAGCCACCCAACCUAUCCAUCACCAUCCCUCCGCCCGGGACCCCGGACCCCAGUGAGCAGGCCAGCAUGCUGCCCCAGAGACCCAGGAACCCAGCCUUCCUGAAGAGCGUCAGCCUCCAGGAGCCGAGGGCACGAUGGCAGGAGGGCGGCUCGGAGAAGCGCCCCGGCUUCCGCCGACAGGCCUCCCUGUCCCAGAGCAUCCGCAAGGGCACGGCCCAGUGGUUCGGGGUCAGCGACGACUGGGAGCUGAAGCGCCAGCACUGGCAGCGCAGGAGCCUGCACCACUGCAGCGCCCGCUACGGCCGGCUCAAGGCCUCGUGCCAGCGGGACCUGGAGCUCCCCAGCCAAGAGGUGCCCUCCUUCCAGGGCACCGAGUCUCCAAGACCCUGCAAGAUGCCCAAGAUUGUGGAUCCCCUGGCCCGAGGACGGGCGUUCCGCCACCCGGACGAGGUGGACCGGCCCCACGCCCCGCACCCACCCCUGACCCCUGGGGUCCUGUCCCUCACCUCCUUCACCAGCGUCCGCUCCGGCGGCUAUUCCCACCUGCCCCACCGCAAGAGGAUCUCUGUGGCCCACAUGAGCUUUCAAGCUGCCACGGCCUUCCUCAAGGGGCGCUCGGUAAUGGAUGCCACAGGACAGAGGUGCCGGGUGGUCAAGCGCAGCUUUGCCUACCCCAGCUUCCUGGAGGAGGAUGCGGUCGAUGGAGCAGAGACAUUCUACUCCUCAUUUUUUAGUAAGGAAGAAAUGAGCUCCGUGCCUGAUGAUGUGUUUGAGUCGCCCCCACUCUCUGCCAGCUACUUCCGGGGCAUCCCAUGCUCGGCCUCCCCGGCCUCCCCUGAAGAGAUGCAGGUCCCUCUGAAGGAGUCUGACCGAGCCCCGGUGCCCGCGGCCAAACGUGGCAAGCGUAUCGCAUCCAAGGUGAAGCACUUUGCCUUCGACCGGAAGAAGCGGCACUACGGGCUGGGUGUUGUGGGCAACUGGCUGAACCGCAGCUACCGCCGCAGCAUCAGUAGCACCGUGCAGCGCCAGCUGGAGAGCUUCGACAGCCACCGGCCCUACUUCACCUACUGGCUGACCUUCGUCCACGUCAUCAUCACACUGCUGGUGAUUUGCACGUACGGCAUCGCGCCUGUGGGCUUCGCCCAGCACGUCACCACCCAGCUGGUACUCAGGAACAGAGGUGUGUAUGAGAGCAUGAAGUACAUCCAGCAGGAGAACUUCUGGAUUGGCCCCAGCUCGAUUGACUUGAUCCACCUGGGAGCCAAGUUCUCACCCUGCAUCCGGAAGGACCAGCAGAUCGAGCAGCUGGUGCUGCGGGAGCGAGACCUGGAGCGGGACUCGGGCUGCUGUGUCCAGAAUGACCACUCGGGCUGCAUCCAGACGCUGCAGCAGGACUGCUCGGAGACUUUGGCCACUUUUGUCAAGUGGCAGGAUGAUACGGGGCCCCCCAUGGACAAGUCUGCGCUGGGCCAAAAGCGGACAUCGGGGGCCGUGUGCAACCAGGACCCCAGAACCUGCGAGGAGCCGGCCUCCAGUGGUGCCCACAUCUGGCCCGAUGACAUCACCAAGUGGCCGAUCUGCACGGAGCAGGCCAGGAGUAACCGCUCGGGCUUCCCGCACAUGGACUGCCAGAUUCGGGGCCGCCCCUGCUGCAUCGGCACCAAGGGCAGCUGUGAGGUCACCACCCGGGAAUACUGUGAGUUCGUGCACGGCUAUUUCCACGAAGAGGCCACGCUCUGCUCCCAGGUGCACUGCUUGGACAAGGUGUGUGGGCUGCUGCCCUUCCUCAAUCCUGAGGUCCCAGAUCAGUUCUACAGGCUCUGGCUGUCUCUGUUCCUCCACGCUGGCGUGGUGCACUGCCUCGUGUCUGUGAUCUUCCAAAUGACCAUCCUACGAGACCUGGAGAAGCUGGCCGGCUGGCACCGCAUCGCCAUCAUCUUCGUUCUCAGUGGCAUCACCGGCAACCUUGCCAGUGCCAUCUUCCUCCCGUACCGCGCGGAGGUGGGCCCGGCAGGGUCGCAGUUCGGCCUCCUGGCCUGCCUCUUCGUGGAGCUCUUCCAGAGCUGGCAGCUGCUGGAGCGGCCCUGGAAGGCCUUCCUGAACCUGUCGGCCAUCGUGCUCUUCCUGUUCAUUUGCGGCCUCCUGCCCUGGAUCGACAACAUCGCCCACAUCUUUGGCUUCCUCAGCGGCCUGCUGCUGGCCUUCGCCUUCCUGCCCUACAUCACCUUCGGCACGAGCGACAAGUACCGCAAGCGCGCCCUCAUCCUCGUGUCGCUGCUGGUCUUCGCCGGCCUCUUCGCCUCGCUGGUCAUCUGGCUCUAUGUCUACCCCAUCCACUGGCCCUGGAUCGAGUACCUCACCUGCUUCCCCUUCACCAGCCACUUCUGCGAGAAGUACGAGCUGGACCAGGUGCUGCACUGACCACCUGCCUGGCGGGGCUGGCACGGCUGCUCCCACGCAGCGCUGAGGACACGGAGACUGUGCCCGGGUCAGGCUGCCUGCCUGCACAGCGCCCACCCCCCGCUCCAGAGACCCUGUGGGGCCGGCCCUGCUCCCAGGAGCUCUGCCCCCAGGAGAGGCUGAGUCUGCGGGAGAUGGUCAUCAAGGGCGGCUCCUUGGGGGACUGAGGGCCCCCUUCCCCAGGCCUGGGCUGGGGGACACUCCGAAUAUGUGUUUCUCUGCAGCUCAGGGCCCAGGCCCUGACAUCACCCUGCUCCCCUGCUGUCAGGACCACUUCCUGGGGGGUGGGCUCCUUUCUUCCCAAGGUCCUGGGCUGCUGCCCAUCUCCCACCUCUGGCUCUGCUGGUAUGUUCCCCCUCCCCAUUGCUGUGAGCCUGCCCUUCCCGGGGACCUGGCUGGGGUUCCCACCAGGUUCCCAGCCCUGCCCGGCCACGGCCCCUACCUGUUUCCCCUCCCAUCUCUGCCCUGUGAAUCCACGCCCUGCACUCAUCCGUGGCCUGGUGAGCCUGCCCAUAACGCUCCGGGUCCAAACCUUCUGGGACAGGGUUUGGCAGUGGUCUGGGGCAGAGAAGGAGCAAAGAGACACAGACUGGCAAUCUGAGAGCCUCCGCUGAUCUCAGCAAACAGAGGCUGAACCUGCCCCGCACCCAGGCCCCCCAGCCCCUCCCAGCCCAGUCCCUUCCUUCAAGUCAGUGUUCUGCCUCCUGGGGCUGGACUGACACCAGCCAGCCAGCCAUCCUCUGCCUCACUCCUGCCCAGGUGAGGGCAGGGCCACCCCAAGGACCUGUGUCCAGGGGUUGCCCAAGGUCAAUCAGGCCUUUUUUUUUUUUUUUACCAGUUUAUAUUAUGGUCCUAAUUUUUUUUAAAGUAACACUAACUUUGUAUGGACGAUGUCUGAAAUGUAUUAAAUGAUAUUCUUU